UGGCUUGCAUUCAUUGUGCAUGUUGCUUGUAACGAUUGUAAAGUAACAAAAUAGUUUUUUCGUGGGUUGCGUAUUUGCUCGAGUUUGACAGUAAACGUAGACAUGAUGGCUGGAACACGGGCCGAGAUUUUGGCUGACUUUCAGGCAUGUACUGGAAUUGAUGAUGUUGGGGAUGCCAUCAAAUACUUACAAGAUUCGAAUUGGGAUUUAUUGGCAGCAGUAAAUCAAGCCAUGCCUCGUGGUACACAACAACUACCUUCCGAAAUGAGUCCAGAUAUAGAAAUGAUAGAAGAAAUUGAAAGAAUGCCUCAUUCGUCUUCUUCGUCGUCACAAACUGUUCAUGAUUCAAAAAGUAAUUCAAAAAUGGAUGUUGUAGAAAAUUCAAAACCAGGAACAAGUAAACUUAAAAACUGUGCAAGAGAAAGAAUACUCACAUUCCGCAUUAAGUAUCUUAGUAAUGUUUAUAAAAUAAAUUUGUCUGAGUUAUCCUCUUUAAGUGAUCUCAAACAACUUAUAUGGGAACAAACAUCCGUCUCUCCUUGCCAACAACGUCUUUAUGGCUGGCCAAAAGUACCAGAAUCACCUUCUACGUCGUUACAAACGUUAGAUUUGCCAAAAGAAAAUACUUUAUGUAUGUCUUCUCUAACGGAGGAUCUUGAUAUAACAACCGAUAGUGCAAAUUUAGCAGAACAUAUGACUCAAACGUAUACCUUAAAUAUCAAAGAUGAAAUACGCAAGGAAACAUAUAAUUUAAAGUUUCUUGGAUCGUGUACAAUCCUUGAUGUAAAGUCAGGUAUUUACUCAUUAAUAAAUGUUCCUAUUCGAUAUCAGCAGUGGAAAGGUUGGCCAAGUUCAGUGAAAAAUGAUAGCACUAUGCUAGCACAAAGUGGAAUUUCUUACCCGGAACAUGAUCUUUCUGUCACUGAACUUCCUAUGAAACUGGAGAAGAAGGAUGUUAUAGACCUAGUUGGAAGCGAUAGUUCUGAGAACGAAGGAGAUGAUGUAGAAGAACCAGAAUCGUUUAAUGUCGAUGAUGAUAUUUUCAUAGAUAUCAAGUCUACUAAAAUUCAAUGUCUUAUGCCAGAAAAUGUGACCGAUGAAACAAUGGGUACGUUGCUUUUUGCAGAAGAAUUUGAAAACAGGUAUGGACUGGGACAUCCAGAAUUUUUUACUGGAAAAUUUAAAGACGCUGUUAAAGAAUCGUGUUUAAAACCUGCAAAAGAGAGGAAAUUGUUGGCUGUAUAUUUACAUCAUGAUAAUAGUGUAUUAGCAAAUGUAUUUUGCACGCAAUUAUUAGGCUCUGAAACAGUACUGCAAGUUCUAUCUGCAAAUUUCAUUGUAUGGGGUUGGGAUAUCACCUAUGAGUCUAAUAGGCAAAGGUUUCUUUCGUCCGUGAAAGAAACGUUAGGACCGGUUGCAGUAUUAGCUAUGAAAAAUAUAGACAUUGAUACUUUGCCUGUUCUUGUAAUUAUAAUGAGAACUAGAUCUAAUACAGAAAUAUUUACGACAGUUCAUGGCAAUGUGGGUGUAAAUGAACUACUAACAAACCUAAUUCAUGCUGUUGAUGUAUUCCAGUUGCAAAGACGCGCUGACAUUGGAGUUGAAGAAGAAAGACAAGCUAGAGAAAGAGUUAAACAAGAGCAAGAUAGAGCAUAUCAAGAAAGUUUAGCAGCAGACAGAGCGAAAGAAAAGGCAAAAGAGCAAAAGAAAGUGGAAGAGGAACUAGAAAAACGAAAAAAGUUAGAGGCAGAGAAUGAGAGGUUGGCUGAAGAAGCAAGGAAAGAAGCUCAUAGACAAACUGUAGAAUCGAGUUUACCCCCGGAACCGCAACAAGGCGCGGGCGAUGGUGUACUGAAAGUAAGAGUACGACUUCCGACUGGAAAAUUUCUGGAACGUAGAUUUCAAUUCGACACACCAUUACAAACGCUCCUUAAUUUCCUCAUCGUGGAGGGUUAUCCUACAGAAGAAUAUAAGGUCCUAUGUAGUUGGCCUCGAAGGGAUUUAACAUCCAUGGAUUCAAAACUCACUCUCAUGGAUCUGAAAUUCUGUCCUCAAGAAACAGUAAUUUUAGAAGAACGAUAAGUAAUUUUGUUGUAAUUAAAUUAAAAAUGUAGAAAUUAAGCAUCGCAAUGUUCUGAAAGUGUUAUUUAUUUAACAAGUUUCGAAUAGUUGUCAGUUAAUAUGAGUUCUGUUUAUUAUGCAACUACAUUUUCAUGCUGUAUUUUUUCGUACUAUUAAUUCGUACAACAAAUGUAGUUUUAUAUUAUAAAAAAAAAAAAGAAGUCCUUUCCAUGCAUGUACA